GCAAUCCCGGACCGCUGGGCGUCAGCAGCAGAUUAGCUCAGGUUUACAUCAGCCGGGCGGGGAUCAGAGCCCGUGUCCCGGUGCCGCGGCACUUUAGCAGCGGAAGCGGCUGCUGCUGAGUACGCGACGGCUGGGGUCUGGCACGGGCGUGCUGGGGACUCCGAGAUCUGCUCAGUUAGGCUGGCGGCGGUCCACGGGCGCGGGCGCAGGCGCAGGCGGCUCUGAGAGCCCAGGACAAGAUGCGAGCCACACCUCUGGCUGCUUCUGCCGAUGUUCCCUGCAGGAAGAAACCUUUGGAGUUUGAUGACAACAUUGAUGCUGAGUGUCCAGUCCUAAAACGAGUGAGAGAUGAGCCGGAGCCUGGACCACUCCCCAGCCUGCUGCCCCCCAGCCCACCUCCCGCCUCAGACUUGCCACCUGCUGUGGUGCCUGCAACCCGGCUGGGGUCCUAUAUCCUUUUGCAAAGAGAGCAAGGCAACUGCAGCUAUCGGGCCGUGCACUGCCCCACAGGCACAGAGUACACCUGCAAGGUAUAUCCCGCCAGUGAGGCCCAGGCGGUGCUGGCACCUUAUGCCCGGCUGCCCACCCACCAGCACGUGGCCCGUCCUGCGGAGGUCCUGCUGGGCUCUCAGUGCCUUUACACCUUUUUCGCGAAGACCCACGGGGACUUGCACAGCCUGGUGCGCAGCCGGCGCGGUAUCCCUGAGUCCGAGGCAGUUGCGCUUUUCCGACAGAUGGCUAGUGCGGUGGCGCACUGCCACAAGCACGGGCUUGUCUUGCGCGACCUCAAGUUGCGUCGCUUUGUCUUCAGCAACUGUGAGAGAACAAAGCUUGUGCUGGAGAACCUGGAGGACGCCUGUGUGAUGACUGGACCAGACGAUUCUCUGUGGGACAAGCAUGCGUGCCCUGCCUACGUGGGACCAGAGAUACUCAGCUCCCAGCCAUCCUACUCCGGCAAAGCAGCUGAUGUCUGGAGCCUGGGCGUGGCGCUCUUCACCAUGCUGGCUGGCCGAUACCCGUUCCAGGACUCUGAGCCAGCCCUGCUCUUUGGCAAGAUCCGUAGAGGGACCUUUGCCCUGCCUGAGGGCCUAUCAGCCCCAGCCCGCUGUCUGAUCCGCUGUCUCCUCCGCAAGGAGCCUUCAGAGCGACUCGUGGCCCUGGGAAUCCUGCUGCAUCCCUGGUUGAGAGAGGAUCACAGCAGAGUCGCUCCUUCAGAGUCUGACCAAAGGGAGAUGGACCAGGUGGUCCCAGAUGGGCCACAGCUGGAGGAGGCUGAGGAAGGGGAGGUGGGGUUUUAUGGCUAGGGCCACCUUCCCGGCUCCUCAGCUCCAAGAUAUGAGUUGAGUACCUGUGUACUCAACUUUCUCCUGCCUUUUUGGGCCAAGCUAAACCUUAAGUGCCUUUCUGGAGGAAGAAACAGCCAGUGUGCCUCAUGCAUUCCUGUGUGUACUGGGGUGACGCUCCCUGGGUGCCAAGCCCUGUUCUAGGUGCUAUGAACAGCAAAGAAAAAAGAGGGAGAAAUAUAUCUUGCUGGCCAAGUUGCCACAGUGCCACAUGCUCCCGGGCCAGCAUCUACCCCCUUGCCUUGGGCACAUUUUAUGCCGGGGCUGGUCUUUUCCAGGCUGAUGCUCAUGGGAUAGUCCCUUUUAUCAGUGCCCCAGCUGCCUUCUGUCUUGUGCCUUUAAACAAAAGAAACAUCUCUGUGCCAAAGACCAAAGUCCUCACUCACCCUGUGCCUCAGGACCACAAGUCAGGCCAGGCUGGGAUUGCGGCCUCCAGGCCAGAGAACCUGCUUGAAGACCUGGCUGCGGCAUUCGAGCCAAAAGGACAAGAUUUCAAUAAAGAAGCAUCUGACUCAAGGAAUAAUCUGGAAUAAGGAUCAGGUCUGUUUACCCUGGUAGGCUCCAGCUGGAGCACCAAAGGUGGAGGGGAAGGGCCAGGCAGGGACUGACCUACUGCCAUACAUUGAAUCUCAGGUCCGGACUGGAGAGAUGGCUCAGCGGUUAAGAGCACCGGCUGCUCUUCCAGAGGUCAUAAGUUCAAUUCUCAGCAACCACAUGAUGGCUCACAACUAUGUGUAAUGGAAUUUGAUGCCCUCUUCUUGUGUAUCUGAAGACAGCAACAGUGACAGUGUAUUCUCAUACCUAAAAUAAAUAAAUCUUAAAAA